AUGGACGACACUUCGUCGCCGUCCUCGGGCGUGGAGUCGGUCCUCUCAGAAGCCAACGACAUGACGAGCGCUCCCAGCUCUCCCCCUCCCGCUGCAUCACCACCGCCCGAUCACGACGCCCAGUUCACAGAGGACAGCCUCCUCAAGGAGGAGAGGGAGGCGCGCGCCGAAAAUAGGAGGGCGGAGCAGGACAAGCGAGCUGCCGCUGCGGCCGGUCAGCGCGGCCGGGCAAGCAACAACAACAACAAGAAGAAGAAGAAGAAGAAAAAGGCCGAGACCAGGGCCGAACACGAGGCCAAGGCGCGGGAGCUGGACGCGCUGCUCAUGAAGAGCGCCGCCUUCAGCGACAUCCUCACCAAGAAGACGCAGGUGCUCGGGCGCGUGGGCAGCAGCCUCGACGGCAAGACCCUCGGCGAGCACCACCUGAACAUGGCCAAGCAGCCCAAGUGCAUGGUGGGAGGAACCAUGCGGGACUACCAGCUCGAGGGGCUCACCUGGAUGUUUGAGAUUUGCUCGCAGGGCAUGAGCGGCAUUCUCGCCGAUGAAAUGGGACUGGGCAAAACUGUCCAAACCAUUGCGUUGAUUGCGCUGCUUCGAGAGCAGGAAAACUACCUGGGGCCGCAUCUCAUCGUGGCACCGUUGAGCACGCUGUCCAACUGGAUGGACGAGUUCCACAAGUGGACGCCGUCUAUCCCCGCCGUCAUGUACCACGGCGAUCGGGCGCAGCGCCAGGACAUCUUCCAGACCAAGCUGAUGGCCAAUCUCCAGGCCGGACGGCCCAGCCCGCGCUUCCCCGUCGUGUGCACCUCGUACGAAAUGGUUCUGCGAGACCAGCACAACCUCUCGAGGAUCCAGUGGGAGUUCAUCAUCAUCGACGAGGGACACCGCAUGAAGAAUGCCGACGCCAAGCUCUUCCAGCAGCUCAGGCAGUUCUCCUCCGCCACGAGGCUGCUCAUCACGGGAACGCCGCUGCAGAACAACCUGAAGGAGCUGUGGUCGCUGCUGCACUUCCUGCUGCCCAACAUCUUUACCGACUGGGAGGCCUUUGAGUCGUGGUUCGACUUUUCAGACUUGGGCGACGAAAAGCGGACCGAGGAGUUCAUCGCAGACCAGGUGAAGCAAGACCUGGUCAGGAAGAUGCACCUCAUCCUGCAGCCGCUGCUGCUGCGGCGCGUCAAGCAGGACGUGGCCGCCUACCUGCCCCAGAAGCGCGAAUACGUCCUGUUCGCCCCCAUGACCAAGGAGCAGACCGACCUGUACAACGCCUUUACCGACAAGGAGGUCGACACCAGGGCCUUUUUGGAGCAAAGCAUCUUUGACAAGAUCAACGGCGCGCCAACCCGCGUCGACGACGACGACGGCGACGACAAGCCUCCGCGGGCGAGCAGCACGUCCGAGAGAGCCCGCCGCCGGUCCGCCAGCAAGGAGAACACAACGUCGCUCCCGGUGCGGCCGAGUCGACGGGGCAAGGAAGCCGCCGAGAGCAGGGCAGCUGCUGGCUGCGCGGGCCCCGCGCCCAACGCGUUCGCCUUGAUGAUGGGCAGGCGCUCCUUGAGCCACGCACAGGCAGCCAGGGACGACGCCCCAGCAGCCGCGCGCAAGUCGAAACGAAAGAGCCCCCCGGCGGCAGUGGCCCCCGAGCCCAAGAGCGCCAGGUCGAGCCGCACGUCGACCCCGUCCAGCACGCGCGGCAGGACGACCCGCAGGGGCAGGACGUACGCGGAAGCCGACUCGGACGAGGAGGCGCUCUCCGACGACGCCUUUGAGGCAAAGCUCGCCCGUGAACUUGGCAGCAACGACGACGACGACGGCGACGACGGCGACGAGGGCGACGAGGCUGACGUGCUGCAAACUCCGGCAGAGGUCGAAAGAGCAGAGACCCUCGAGCUAGCCAAGAAGCAGCUCGCGCACAAGAAACUCGGCAACCCCCUCGCCCAGCUCCGGCUCGUCUGCAACAGCCCCCACAACUUCUACAACCCGUGGGCCGCGUCCGCCGACGUCCCCGUCGACGAGUCCAUCGUCACCUCGUCCGGCAAGAUGCUCCUCCUCGACCGCCUCCUCCCGCGGCUCUUCCGCCGCGGCCACAAGGUCCUCCUCUUCUCCCAGUUCAAGACGCAGCUCGACAUCCUCGAGGACUACAGCCGCGACCUCCGCGGCUGGCGCGUGUGCCGCAUCGACGGCUCCGUCCCCCAGGACCGCCGCCGCCAGCAGAUCCACGCCUUCAACACCGACCCCGCCCACAACCUGUUCCUGCUGUCCACCCGCGCCGGCGGCCAGGGCAUCAACCUCGCGUCCGCCGACACCGUCAUCCUCUUCGACAGCGACUUCAACCCGCAGCAGGACCUGCAGGCCCAGGACCGCUGCCACCGCAUCGGCCAGACGCGCCCGGUCGUCGUGUACCGCCUCGCCACGCGCGGCACCGUCGAGGAGUCCCUCCUGCUGUGCGCCGACGCCAAGCGCCGCCUGGAGAAGCUCGUCAUCCGCAAGGGCGGCUUCCGCGCCAUCAUGGGCCAGAAGCUGGCGGCGCGGGAGCGCGUCGACGAGGACGCCCUGCGGGCCCUGCUGCUCAGGGAUGGCCAGGUGUACGAGACGUCGGGCGGCGCCCACGUCCUCUCCGACCAGGACUUGGACGAGCUGUGCGAUCGGAGCGACGACGCCUACCGGAGGGCCGCGAGCGGUCUCGGCGACGCCGACAGCUAUCGGGUUGUUGAGACGGGCGCCGACUCUAUCCGGAUGACGCGGGUCGACUGA